AUGCUCGCCACAGAGAUCGUCCAACUUCAGCCAAAUCAUCUACCUUCCGAUUACAAGGGACAUAACAACGGGAACAUUUUCACCAACAAACAGCAGAUAUUUUUCCUUCCUUGGCCACGCCCAACCCCAGUUCCGGUUGAACAUGUACACACAGAAGAGCAGAAUGAGAAAUUCGAGGAGAAACAGGUGCAACUGCUACCUCAACUGCUACAGUUACGGACACAAAAGCAGCCUCAGCAAGUGAUAUGCCCCUAUACAGCUCGCCUCAAAGCCGAGGAGGUCAUGAGCAUUGUUGAGGGCUAUGGAUACCAUGAGAAAAAAGGCCCUACUGGAGAAGGCUGGUUAGGAAGAGCUUCUUUCACACCACGAGUACAGAAACAUAUCGUUGCCAAUGAAAUUAUUCCUAUGGUGUUACCAGCUUUUCCCAUGAAGAGCAACAACCGUAUGGAUAAGGUGCUGGGUGCACUGCCUGAUCUUGGAGAGGAGCUUGGCCUGGCUCGAUUGAAUAAUCUUUGCUCUGAUAUCAAAGCUAUCUACCCCCCAGGAGCCUUAGUCGUGAUCGUUACGGAUGGUCUAUGCUAUAAUGGAAUCUACAACGGCGCCGAAAUUUCCAAGGAAGAGUACACCCAGCUCUGCGAUAAAGCUCGGUCUGAACUUCACCGUCGCUAUGGUCGUCCGGGAUUUGAUGUCGACAAGUUCUUGAAAAGUGACGAGGAUUAUUUGAGGACGUAUAACGGAUAUGACAAAUUCAUGAAGGUCGAUCUCCGCUUCAGCCCAGUGACAAAGAACUGCCCAGGGCCGAAGCAAUACAAGAAAAAGGUCAAGCUUGUUGCAAAGUCAAUGAUCGUGCGAGGGGUGGAAUUCGCCGAACUAGUCCGCCAAAUCUACCCCGACAGCCUCCGUCUCUCCAUCCACCCUUCAUCCGGUCAAACCAAGCUUUCGUGUCCAUUGAUUCCGCAACCGAAUUCAUUCUCCAUGAGUCCCUGGCACAGCACCGUAUCCGUGACCAAAGACGGCACAUUCGUUACUGCACACAAAUCCCAGCAUCGACAGGAUUGCAACUACACUCUCGUUCACAAGGAUGAUCAGCCGUACUAUUUUCGUGAGAAGUCGGUGCUGUUUCAGUGGGAGAAGACGAAUGUCGAGUUUGAGCAUGGUUACAAUCAGCAUCUGAUAAUUAGAGAGGUGCCAGUGCAGAAGGAAGAAUGUGCCAACGAAUUAGUUGCGAAUGAUGAUCAGACCAACAAUAGAGCUGGAGAGCUCUCUGAAGAUGCUCUGGACAAAUUGGCCCAAUUGGCCAUUUUGCACAAGAGCGUUAAAUUCGAACCGACUGCUCUACCUUUCGGCGAGCCACAGCUGGAGGCUGCUGUUGAGGGUUAUUUGCGUGAAGAUGAUGUUUUUACCCCUUCGUUCUUGCAAGUCAUAUACGUACGCUUGAAUGAGGAAACGGAUUCUAUCAUAUCUCCCUCAGACCUAACAAGCUACGGCACCAAAACAGUCCUCAUGGGAUCCGCUACCCUUCCUCCAGGACCCUACUUCCUCUCAUCUGAGGGUCACGUAUACCAAGCUUUGAAACUAUUCGCCGAUACCCAAGAUGCCUUUUCACAAAGUCUUAUAGUCAACACAGCAGAUGGUUCAUAUUCGCCCUUGUUAGCUGCUUUGCCAGGCGUUGACUCGGCUGUUGCUGUGCCCUCACGGCUCUAUUUCACAAAAAAUUCCUCUCAGCCAUUGGCAGGUGUACGACUUGCCGUCAAGGACAUUUUCGAUAUUGAGGGCAUCCACACUUCAGCUGGAAGCCGAGCUUGGUAUCAUUUUCACCCUCCUGCAAACGCUACAAGCCCCGUUGUAACCGCUCUCAUUGACGCUGGUGCCGUCAUCGUCGGAAAAGUGAAAACAUCUCAAUUCGCCAACGGACAACUAGCCACUGCAGACUGGGUAGACUACCACUCUCCUUUCAAUCCGCGCGGAGACGGGUAUCAGCAACCGUUCUCGUCGUCCACCGGUGCCGGUGUUGGUAUCGCUUCGUAUGACUGGUUAGAUAUUGCACUUGGAACGGAUACAGGGGGAUCAAUCCGUUUUCCCUCACAGGCCAAUGGUGUUUUUGGGAUUCGGGCGUCUCAUGGAUCUGCCAAUUUGGAGAAGGUUGUUCCACUAGCUCCUCAAUUUGAUACCGCAGGUCUUAUUGCGAGGGAUCCAGGUGUUUGGGAGACUGCUAGUCAAAUCAUCUACUCAGAUACAGAAUUCAACUGGUCUGAUUAUCCGCGAAGGAUUCAAACAGUUUUCAAUGCCCCGUUGGACGCCUCUGACCAAGUUGAUGCCAUGGUAGAGGCGUUUCUACACAAGUUGGCGCAGCAUCUAUCAGCCUCCCUGAUCAAUCUCGACAUUCCUUCAUUAUGGACAGAAACCCACCCCUCGAACAUGUCCUCAGAUCUGGUGGAAGCAAUUGAAAAAAUCUACCCAACCGUCAUCGGCAUUGAGCAAGCACGACUCGUCCGCGACCCGUUCUAUGCUGACUACAAAGCGCAACACUCGGGUCGACUUCCAUUCGUAAAUCCUGCACCCCGAAUCCGGUGGGGAUACGGCGAUUCUCUACCAAACGGUACACUGGAAGAAGCACUCACAAACAGAACCGCAUUCCAAUCCUGGAUCGCCAGCAACUUACUCAAAUCAGACAACCGAUCAUGUUCAGACAGCCUUUUGGUUUAUGUUGAACCCGCUUCUCGAGCGCCGUUAUAUCGUGACUAUUACCGCGACGAACCCACCAUCCCUUUUGGAUCCGGCGCGAAUAUGAUUAGUGUCUAUGCUGGGGUGCCGGAUAUGGUGGUACCGAUAGGAGAGAAGACAUAUGUUAGUCAAGUGACUGGUCUUGAGGAGAUGUCGCCGGUCAGUGUGGAUUUGGUGGCUGCUAGGGGUUGUGAUGGGAUGCUUUUUCAGUUGAUUAAUGAGCUUGUUCAAGUGGGGAUAUUGAGAGAGGUCAAAGCCGGUCGGUCAUUGGUUAGUGGUGGAAAUAUCCUGUUUUGA